AUGGGGACGUUAGUGACUGAUAACCUUUUGAACGCCACCGGAUCCUCCACAACAGCCUCAUCCUCUUUUUCCUGGUCUUUCUACGCCCUCUUGCUAACCAAGUUUACCCUCUACACUGUCUUCACGUAUACUAUGUUCGUUUCUGUGAUGGCCUUCCAUGCCCGUAUCAGUGACCCUUUGAUCGGGGGAACAUACAUGACGUUAUUGAAUACUGCUUCCAAUUUGGGUGAGAGCCUUCUCCUUUUUCGUAUUAGUCUUUCUUGGGUUUAA